CAAACUUUCAACGGGUGAAUUUGUUUGUGUCGAUUUAUUUCCUAGUGACUGGUAAGAAACCGUGAAAUAAAAGUUGAAAAGAGUAAAAGCUAUGAUAUUUGUGUAAUUGUGCUAUUCUUGUUAACUGAAAUUUGUAUAAAUUACUAUGGAUCCUUUCACACAGCGUAUGUUGGAGCGAGCACGUGCUAGACAGGAGAAAAUUGAUCAAAAACUUGCAAGUUCCGGUCAGAUCGUACCUAAACGAAAGCCUUUGGCAGAAAACGUAUCUAUAAUAAAAAAUGAAUCUCCCGCGAAAUCUCCAAGUAAAAACUCGAAGACUACAGUUCCGUCAACAAGAAGGUCAUCCACCAAGUCUGAUAGUCCAGCUAAGACUGCCAGUAGAGUCUCUUUAAAAGCAGAUAGUCCUGUCAAAUCUGUUACGAGAAGACCUAGCAUACAAAAAGACCAUGUAGCAUCACCUCAGAAAAUGCGCAAUGAUGUAGUUGUUACUAAAACCGAGAUUAAGAGUUCCCAAGGCAGUGGUAGUAGGCGUAAUUCUGAUGUUUCUUUAGAAAUCAAUAUAAUGCAUGGUAAAGAUAUACAUGUGGAUGUCCAAAUAGAAGAGAGAGAUGCACCUAUGAGUGUUAUAUAUGAUUGUAACAAUAUUGCAAGUAAGGCGACCAUCAGAGAAAUUGAAGAUAAACCAACCCUCUCCUCGCCUAUCCAUCGCACAGAGCAAGAGUUCUCUGCAGCAACCCCCCCAAAGCAUGAUGUACAGCAAGUGAAGAAUGAUGCCAAGAAGAAAUUCGGUCGAUUCGCUGCGCUCGCCGACCAAAUUAAUAACUGGGAAGAUGACCUCACACAUCAUAACUUUAAUCCAGAGGCCAGCAAAAAAGCACAAAAACAUGUAACAAAACAGGAUAAAAUCGAAUCUUCUACUCUGGAUGUAUCAAUACAUUCAAUCAGUGACAUCAAUAAAGCUCUACAGACAAAUGCCAAAGCUACGCAGGUGUGUAUAAAAUAUUAUUACUACUAAUAUUAUAAAUGUAAGUAUUUGUAAGGAUGUAUGUAUGUUUGUUACUAUUUCACGGCAAAACUUCUGAAUGGAUUUUGAUGUAAUUUGGAUAAUUCUUUGUCUGGAUUAACAUUUUUUUUUGUUAUUUCUGUAAUAAAUCUGAUGACCAUAAGCAGAUAUGAUAUGGGCAUUUUGAUCUUGUACGAUCAGUACUCUAUCUCUCUAUUUCUUUAUUCAAUGAUGUGUUAACGUUUAAGACUAUCAGGGUAGUUGACGCUUGUCAGUUGUACUGCCAGGCUAUUUGGGUGAUCAGAAGGUGUUCUUUUGACCGAUUAUUGCCUUAUUUCGUCCUUGAAUAUGCUAACUACUAGUUCUCAGUUAGCUUAAAAAUAACUGAGCUAGUUAUUUUUAUUAACAAUGGCUUAUUAGAUAGAUUACAUAAGAUGCUAUUUAUGUGCUUUUUGAAUGUUUCUAUACUGAAGCUACUGGUUGAUUCCCAAAGUUGAAUGCAGUACGUCUAUAUCGGCUUUAUGACUUUUUUUUAAUGAAAAUGCUAAGCAUAGUCCAACAAACCACUGCAGAUUUCUGUAUCUGAUGUAAAGUUGGUCUUUCAAGUUGAUUUCACGCAAGUUGUUCUUUCCAGCAGAGCAACGACCAAGCUCUCGCGCUAUAACCACAGAAACGUUUUAUUGAUUGUAUCAAACAUGUUUUUAUUAUAUUUAUCAAACAUUUUGGGUCACUUUUCUUUUCCGAAUAGCUUUGUUUGUCUAAAUUCGUAAUUUUGUAAAUUUAAUCUAAAACAACUAUAUUUGAAAAUAAUAAAACAAGAACAUUGUAUACAUAAGAAUAUUAACAUGCUCAUUAAUGAAUGAAUGAAAAAUGAAAAUGAAUGAAUGAAUGAAAUGAAUGAAAAUAUCUUUAUUCAAGUAGGCUAUUUGCAAGCACUUUUGAAUCGUCCAAAAAAAUUUUUUUUCCCCUACCACUUGUUCAGGACGUCUUUUAGCUGACAAGAAGAACAAGCGAAAGAAACUUACCAGCUUUUUAUCAUAAGUAAUAAUAUCGUUGUCUAUGGCUAUAGUUAUAGCGAGAGAGUUAGGCGGUUGCUCGUGGUUAGUCUUCGACUAAGUGCAUACCCAAGUAUUUAACUGUAUCUUGGUGCAGCAGAGGUGUUAA